GUGUGAGGCGCGCUGGCCCCGCCCACCCCUUGCUCUGCGCUGUGCGGGGUGUCAGAGAGGCAGGGGAUCCGCGGAGUGGAUCGGGGACUCGGCUCGGGGCGUCCAUGGAGCAUCAGAGGAGAUGAGGGGAGCGCUCCAUGAGCAUGCCGGAGAGUACGGGGGACCGAAGCGGGGAGGAGGAGACGCUGCCGAGCGGACAGCAGCAGCAGCAUUACGGAGCCAAAUGCAAGCGAUCUGAUUACUACAAUGCUGUGACUACAGUCCUCUUGGUGAAUAUCAUGGAUCUAAACUGUCUCUGCAGCCUUUAGAAGCGCAGCCCCGACAGAACGAUUGCCCGCGAAGGCCAUGGCCCUCUUCACGCCGUGGAAGCUGUCCUCCCAGAAGCUGGGCUUUUUUCUGGUGACUUUUGGCUUCAUCUGGGGCAUGAUGUUGCUUCACUUUACGAUCCAGCAGCGGACUCAGCACGAAAGCAGCACCAUGCUCCGCGAGCAGAUUCUGGAUCUCAGCAAACGCUACAUCAAAGCCCUGGCGGAGGAAAACAGGAACGUCGUGGACGGCCCAUAUGUCGGCACGAUGACAGCAUAUGAUUUAAAGAAGACGCUGGCGGUUCUUCUGGAUAAUAUUUUGCAAAGGAUUGGCAAAUUGGAAUCAAAGGUUGAUACUCUGGUUUUAAAUGGCACAGGAUUAAACUCCACCAAUGGUACGACGACUGCCAUUCCCAGUGUUGGCACUGGGGAUAAAAUAAACGUUGCAGAUCUCAUUGAUGGAGCCCAGGAACACUGUGAACUGCCUCCUAUGGAUGGCUAUCCUCACUGUGAGGGUAAAGUAAAGUGGAUGAAGGACAUGUGGCGCUCUGAUGUCUGCUACUCCAAUUACGGGGUCGAUGGUUCCACCUGUUCGUUUUUUAUUUACCUCAGUGAGGUUGAAAACUGGUGUCCUCGACUGCCAUGGAGAGCUGUAAACCACAAGGAAGAGGAAGCCGAUAAGCGAACAAUGGCUGAAAUCCGAACAGAUUUUGAGCACCUCUACUUCGUCAUGUCUAAACACCCGGAGUUCCGCUGGAUGACGCUGAGGAUAAAGAGGAUGGAUGACACCUGGAUAGAAGCAAUCAAGUCCCUGGCAGAGAAGCAGAAUUUGGAGAAACGGAAAAGGAAAAAGAUCCUCGUUCAUCUGGGCCUCUUAACAAAGGAAUCUGGUUUCAAGAUAGCUGAAAAUGCAUUCAGUGGAGGGCCGCUCGGCGAAUUAGUCCAAUGGAGUGACUUAAUUACAUCUCUUUACUUACUGGGCCAUGAUGUCAGGAUUUCAGCUUCAAUAGCUGAGCUGAAAGAGAUCAUGAAGAAGGUUGUGGGAAACAGAUCAGGCUGCCCUACACAGGGUGAUAGAGUGGUGGAACUUAUCUAUAUCGAUAUUGUGGGACUGGCUCAGUUCAAGAAGACACUUGGCCCUUCCUGGGUGCACUAUCAAUGUAUGCUGCGAGUUCUGGAUUCGUUUGGGACCGAACCGGAAUUUAAUCACGCCCAGUACGCUCAAUCCAAGGGCCACAAAACACCUUGGGGAAAAUGGAAUCUGAACCCUCAGCAGUUCUAUACUAUGUUCCCUCACACACCAGAUAACAGCUUCCUGGGGUUUGUGGUGGAGCAGCAUCUGAAUGCCAGCGACAUCAGACACAUGAAUGACAUCAAGAGGCAGAACCAGUCUCUUGUUUACGGCAAAGUUGAUAACUUCUGGAAGGACAAGAACACUUAUUUGGACAUCAUCCACACCUAUAUGGAGGUACAUGGUACUGUACAUGAGAAGGGAACGGUCCACAUGCCCAAUUAUGUGAAGAAUCACGGGAUCUUGAGUGGACGAGACCUACAGUUCCUGCUCCGGGAAACUAAACUCUUCGUUGGCCUCGGAUUCCCUUACGAAGGACCAGCUCCAUUGGAAGCCAUUGCAAACGGCUGUGCUUUCUUAAACCCCAAAUUUAGUCCACCAAAAAGUAGUAGAAAUACUGAUUUCUUCAAAGGGAAACCAACUCUAAGAGAGCUCACAUCCCAGCACCCAUACGCCGAAGUGUACAUCGGGAAGCCUCACGUCUGGACGGUUGACAUCAACAAUCCAGAAGAGGUGGAGAAGGCGGUGAAGGCCAUACUGAGUCAAAAGAAUGAACCUUACCUGCCCUACGAAUUCACACGUGAGGGCAUGCUGCAGCGGGUGAACGCCUUCAUUGAGAAACAGGAUUUCUGCCAUGGACAAGUCAUGUGGCCUUCGUUAAGCGCCCUUCAAGUGAUACUUGCAGAAACUGGAAAGUCAUGUAAGCAAGUGUGUCAGGAGAAUCAGCUCAUCUGUGAGCCGUCGUACUUCCAGCAUCUCAACAAAGACCAAGACCUGGCCAAGUUCAACAUUCAUUGCCAGACCUCUGACGUCGCAAAUGAUAUCGUGGUCCCGUCCAUAGAUGAGAGCAAGAAGCAUUGCGUCUUUCAAAGCGAUCUCUUAUUAUUCAGCUGCGCAGGGUCCCACCCCCACCACAAGCGGGUCUGUCCAUGCAGGGACUACAUGAAAGGACAGGUUGCACUUUGCAAGGACUGCCUAUAGCAUCUGCUAACCCUCUCCCUGUUGGAUGGGGUGUCCUGGCGGCUAGGUGCGAAGGCAUAUAACACUUUCUUGCACUUUUGGCCUAUUGGUGUUUAUGGAAAGCAUAAAGGGUUUCACGUUCCGAAAACGGGCGCCAAACACCGUUUCCGAAGAGUCCGUCCCAGGAAGUGCUUCAGAUGCCUUUCUCACAGGAGCAUUUUUUUUUUUUUUUUGUGAGCUGAAGCCCUGGAAAGAACCACCUUUUAAUCCUAAAGCCUUCCACCUCUGCGCUACUUAAAACAAAAAAAAAGCGCAGCUGACGGUUUAUUUAAAGAAAAUCCUAUAGACGGUUUACACAAGGUGAAAAUGGUUUUAGGUCAUCGAUGUGGCGGAGCAGUCCUCUCUAGUGCGGUGAUUUAGGAACGCCAGGACGCCAUGCUAGUAUGUGUGAAACAACAAAAAAGGGUGUGAAGGCGGUUCAUCCGCUCUGAUUCUGGACGCCAUACUAGAUGAUGAUCACCGCAUGCUGCAAAGGCCCACAGGCUGCUAGCUGUAACAUAACGCAUGACUACUGUAGACUUAUUGAUUGACGACGUAGAGCAGUGCCGGUGUCUCGUUAAGGAAUCGAUAAUAUGGCAUGUGUGUGAAAUUCACUUUCGGGAGGGGAAAAAAAAAUUAUGAUUCUCAAUUUGUUUACAGACCGUAAAGUCUCUCCUCGUACACUCAACAAAUUUCCUCCAUCUCCGAUCGCCACACUGCCAAGUGGUAGACCACCGCCAGCUUGGUUUUUCCUUGGAUCCUUUGGGAAUAACUGAAAAUAAGGAAAAUGUGUAAUAACUGUCCUAGCUAGCGAAUGAGGUAGUCUAGACAAAGCCAGUGCUUACCCAGGCGGUAGAAGUAGACAGCUAAAGAUAUAUGUAUAAAGCUUGUACGUCGUGUUUUUUUUUUAUGGGCCAUGUCUGUGAAAUAGUUCUGUAUAUAUUUAACAUGUGGAAUAUUUUUAUUUAGAUAUUUAUGAUGCAAAGAGGGUGUACAUUUUUCUCUGUUUCUAUGUUUGUGUGUGCGCACGCGCAGAGGAAUUCAGUUGAACUUUGAAUAUAGCUGCCAUUUGCAUUGGGUGGAAGCAAGCUUUUUAUUUUAUUUUUUUCUGGGUGCUUAAUCAACGUUUUUCUCUUAUCUGUUAAGUAAACUUGCACAGAGCUUUUAACCUAAAGCUGCCCUAUAUGGACAAGUGUGUGGAUACAUGACCAUCAUGCCUGUAUGAGCUUCUUAUAGGACAUCCUAUUCCAAAACCACGGGUGUUGAUAUAUAAAUUUUUUCCUGUCUUUUUUUUUUUUUUGGCUAUACCAGUCUCCACUUUUCUGAUGAGACUUGAUUUUGAAGCUUGCAUGUAGUAUUCUGUGCCCAUCGAUCCAAAGAGCAUUUGUGAGACCAGGUAUUUAAAGUGGUUGUAAACCCUUAAAAAAAAAA